AUGUACCUCCUCAUCCUGGCGAUACCGGUGACAUGGACGCUCGUCCUGACCAUUUACCUGCUCAAAAACCCUCGGACACUCGCGGGUCUGCUACGAUGGACGCUGUGGACGUAUCUCUUUGUGUUUGCAAUGCUCAUCUCCGAGGUGGUACGGGAAGGGCUCAAGGUCCAGGCGGCAGUCGACGCCAAUACGAACAGCAGCCGCGGUAACGGCCACGUCUUUGUUGUUGGAGACGUUGGCGGCAGCAACAGCGGCGGCAGUCUCCCCGACCUCUACAACGCGGGCAUGGACCACCAGGAGGUCGUCCAGGACGUUGGCUUCUGGUGGUUCCUGUGGGCCCUCCUGAUCGUGUCGGGGGCCUUGACCCCUUGGGCCCUGGUGCCGGCGACGGCGCUGCCCGUGGUCCUGCUGAGCCACCCGCCCUUUCGCGUGCUCAUCAACUACGGCCUCGCCCGCCUCGGCUGGACCGCCGCCGUUUACAAUCCCGUCCUCUGGGCCGCGGCCCACCUGGGGUCCCUGCUCUGGACCAGCUGGCGGACCGUCCUGAGCGUCGUGGUCAAGGGCGACUGGGCUGCUUGGAUCAUUGAUAAGGUGGUGGCGUCUGGCGGAGGCCCCGACAAAGUAUGA